UUUGUUAUUAAGUAUAUUAUUUGUUGUUGAUUUUAUUUUCAAUCGUACAAACUCAUAGAUACUUACAAACACACACGCACACCUCAACUUGAAUAUAUAAAUAUUUUGUUUAGUAUUUGUCUUACAUCCACGACAAACUGUUGAUUGACGGACGAAUGAACGAACGGGCAAGCUCGUUCGCUCGCUCGCUUGUUUGCUUACUUUUACGAUCACUCUCAUUUAAUUCGUUUUAUUGACUUAACUCAAAUCGCGUAGUAUGUGUUUAAUCGUCGCUCGCUCAGCUCGUUUCGUUCAAAUGUUCGCAUUGUGGCAUUAGUCUUUGACGAAAGCGGAUACGGAUACGUUCAUACGCGGUUUCCAAAACGGUUAAUAUAAAGCGUUUUUCAAACAAAAAUUUUCCUUUUUUUUUACAAAGUUUCUCAAACACACUUACUCACACACACACACACAAAAACGCAUUUAGAGUUUUCUUCAUUCAUUCGUUUGUUUUACUCCUUUGAAUUGUGUUUUGUAGUGUUGUUAAGGUUUGCACAAAACUAUUUGCGGCUUAAUUGUGAUUAAUUGAAAGAAAUUCUUUAAGAAUUACAAAAAAAAAGAUCUUGUUAAAAAAAUAUAUAUUAUUUAAUACAAUUGUGUUGUUUAUUUGUUAAAAACAAAUAAAUUUUUUGUUUGAAAAAAAAGAACAGUGCCAUUUUCUAUGAUCUAUUAACAAUUCCUGAAAGGAAUUUAAAAAUUUUGAUCUAUUAACAAUUCCUGAAAGGAAUUUAAAAAUUUUGAAAAAUAACAUAAUAUUACAAUUAUUAUAAAGAUAUUUUAAUAGUAACAACCAAUGCUAUUUUGUGGAUUAAAUUUAAAUAUUUUUCCUGUGGAGUUAUAAAGAAAAAGAUUUUCUAUGGUUAUGGCUAUUGUGUUACUAAUGGCAAUUGCCAUUCUACUGGCCUUCUAUUGUAAUUUUGAUUUGCGCAAAUUUUCCGAGAGUUACAUCAAACCAUUGCUGAUAAAAUCCGAUCAAUUGCAUAAAUUUGCCAAAGAUUCAGAGGCUUCUAUAAUAACAGACAAUGAUUAUUAUCAUGCUCGUGAAAUACGACCCAAAGGUGUAUGGGAUAUACCGGGUCCCAAGUCGUUGCCUUUGCUAGGGACAAAAUGGAUUUUUAUGGUGUUUUUUCAUAAAUACAAAAUGUCUACUUUGCAUGAAGUGUAUGCGGAUCUGAAUCGUAAAUAUGGUGAUAUUGUUUUGGAGGUUAUGCCUUCGGGCAUACCCAUAGUUCAUCUUUUCAAUAGAGCCGAUUUGGAAAAAGUGUUGAAGUAUCCCAGCAAGUAUCCCUUUAGACCACCUACCGAAAUUGUGGUCACCUAUAGACGUUCGAAACCCGAUCGUUAUGCCAGUGUGGGCAUAGUAAAUGAACAGGGUCCUACAUGGCAAAAAUUACGUUCAUCGCUUACCUCCUAUAUAACAUCGCCGCGUAUAUUGCAAAACUUUUUGCCAGCCCUAAAUUUAGUGUGCGAUGAUUUUAUAGACGUUUUAAGGGCUCAACGUGAUCCCCACACAUUUGAGGUACGUAACUUUGAGGAUAUAGCCAAUUUAAUGGGCUUAGAGGCUGUCUGUACUCUUAUGCUGGGCAGACGUAUGGGUUUUCUAUCCACCAAUUCAGAACAACCGGAAAAAAUCAAACAACUAGCGGGUGCCGUUAAACAAUUGUUUAUAUCGCAACGUGACUCCUAUUACGGUUUGGGUCUGUGGAAAUAUUUUCCCACCAAAACGUAUCGUGAAUUUGCCCGAGCGGAGGAUACUAUUUACGAUGUGAUUUCGGAAAUGGUGGAUAAAGCAUUGGAAGAAAAUAAUGCCAAUUUCAUGCAUCACGACGAUGAUCUGCGCAGUGUCUUUUUGAAUAUAUUGGAAAUAAAAGAUCUGGAUAUAAGGGAUAAAAAAUCGGCGAUUAUAGAUUUUAUAGCGGCCGGCAUUGAAACGUUGGCCAAUACUUUACUAUUUGUUUUAAGUUCUGUUACUAGUAGUCCUGAGGUUAUUACUAGAAUAUUAGAGGAGUUUCGGGAAUAUCGUAGUACUUUAAUUUUACAAGAUGCUUUUACAAAUGCCACCUAUACAAAGGCAUGCAUUCAGGAAUCGUAUCGCAUUAGGCCAACGGCGUUUUGUUUGGCGAGAAUAUUAGAAGAGGAUAUGCAAUUAUCCGGUUAUAAUUUAAAAGCAGGGACCGUAGUCCUGUGUCAAAAUAUGAUUGCCUGUCACAAGGACAACAACUUCAAAGAGGCCAAAACAUUCCGUCCCGAAAGAUGGAUCGAUACUGAGGGUAACUUUAGUGUAAAUAUUGAAAGUUCAACAAUAGUAGUGCCCUUUGGUAUUGGCAAAAGAACGUGUCCGGGUAAACGUUUUGUGGAAAUGGAAAUUGUGUUACUACUAGCAAAGAUAUUACUCGCCUUCGAUGUCAGUUUCACCAAACCGCUGGAAACGGAAUUUGAAUUUUUAUUAGCGCCUAAAACUCCACUAUGUUUAGCGUUACGUGAUCGUGUGUUUUGAAAACACCUGCAUACAUUCAUACAUAACUGUACAUAAAACUAUCUAUAAAAACAAAAACUACUAUAAAUCUACUAACAGCAACAUUAACAUUAACAGCAGAAUGUUAAUAAUAUUUAACAUAUAUAAUAUUUUUUAACCAAGUAUUCAUUUAGUCUAAGAGUUGCCAGUUUAAAAUAAUAAACAAAAAUCUUUUAAACUUUUAAAACCUCCUCUCCACCUCCUCUAACACCUUUUAAAACCAUUUUAAAUUGUUUUAUAUAAAAUUUAAGCUUAGCAUAAAUUUUAUUACUGAAAAGACAAAAAACAAUUAAUAUUUUUUCUUGUAAUUAAUUAAAAUAAUUUCUUUAUAAUUAUUAUAUUUUUAUUUUUUGUUAGUUUUUAAGUAGCUGCAUUUUUUGAGUGUGUGAGAGUAACGAAAGACUGUAACCGAUUUGCAAUUUAAUGUUAUUUAUUAUAGAAACAGAGAAGAAAUAUAAAAAAUAUUAAUAAAAAAUGGAAAAUAUAUAAAAAGAAAACAAUUUGUAAAUAAAUAAAAAAUA